AUGAGAGGGGACCCUCUGCCCUCAGAUCCACCCGGGGCCACCAGGAGCCAGGAGCUGGUGGCCACCUUCAGCCCGGGCAACGUGGAGGACCUCUACGAGCUACUGGAGACACUGGGAAGAUGUCCCCCCCCACCCCGGGGUGAUGGUCCCGGUGCGUCCCCCCCCCAGGAUCCAACUGGGGCCACCGGGAGCGAGGAGCUGGUGGCCACCUUCAGCCCGGGCAACGUGGAGGACCUCUACGAGCUACUGGAGACACUGGGAAGUGGCCACUUUGGGGUGGUGAAGCGUUGCCGGGAGAGAAGCAGCGGCCAUUUUUACGCCGCCAAAAUGGUGAAGACUCGACGGUGCCGGGGCAGCCGGUGGGGGCUGGAGAAGGCGCAGGUGGAACGGGAGGUCACCAUCCUCCGCCAGCUCCACCACCCCAACAUCAUGCGGCUCCACGACCUCUUCUCCAGCAGAGCCGAGAUGGUGCUCAUCCUGGAGCUGAUCAACGGGGGGGAGCUCUUCGACUUCAUCGCGGAGAAGGAGAUGCUGUCGGAGGAGGAGGCCAUCGAGUUCCUGGGGCAGAUCCUGCGCGGGGUCCAGUACCUCCACGCCCAACGCAUCGCCCACUUCGACCUCAAGGUUGCUCCAACACUGGCCACCAUGGGACGGGACCCUCUGCCCUCAGUAGCCCCCUUGACUCCAGCACUGGCCACAAUGGGAGGGGAUGCUCUGGCCUUCAAGAGCCUCUGCGGGACCCCCCAGUACAUCGCUCCUGAAGUGAUCAACUAUGAACCUCUGAGCUCCGCGACCGACAUGUGGAGCAUCGGGGUCAUCACCUACAUCCUGCUCAGCGGGUUGUCCCCCUUCCAGGGCGAGACGGACGCCGAGACCCUCUCCAACGUGGUGGCCGGCGCCUACGAGUUCGAGGAGCGUUGCUUCAGCCAGACCUCCGAGAUGGCCAAGGACUUCAUCCGGCAGCUGCUGGUGAAGGAGCCAGAGCACCGCAUGACGGCGACCGAGUGCCUGGUCCAUCCCUGGAUCAAGGGAGGGGGGGAUAAGGUGGUUACCCCGUCCUCGCUCUCCAUGGGGUGCCCCCAUCUCGUCCCCCCCCCAGUCUGCGGCAGCAUGGACAUCCGCAACGACGUCUCCCAGCUCCAGAAGCUGGAGAACUGCUCCAUCAUCGAGGGCAACCUGCAGAUCCUGUUGAUGUUCACCACCGGCGCCGAGGACUUUCGGGGGCUGAGCUUCCCCCGCCUGCUGAUGAUCACCGAGUACCUGCUCCUCUUCCGCGUCUACGGGCUGGAGAGCCUGCGGGACCUCUUCCCCAACCUCUCCCCACCCCGAUGGGGAAUUAACGGGAAUGACCUUGUGGGAGCUGCCAGACCCACCCGGCGCUGGGGGGGGGAGAAGAUGCCGUGA